CCUAUGUAUACGAUCUACUACAGUUAUACUAUAUAUUGGCAUAGAGAGAAUUAAAAGCAGCAAGCAACGAAGCAGCUGGCACUAUGGAUGCAGUACGUGGCAGGGAGAGAGUGUCGGAGGUUGUUGGGGCGGUGAUAGUGCUGUUAAUAUCGGUGCUAUGGGGGAGAACGGAGGGGCUGGUGAGGCUGUCGGAAAAUGUGACGGUGCCGGCGGUGUUGGUGCUCGGAGAUUCGAUAGUGGACACAGGGAACAACAACUACAACCCCGCCACCCUGGCUCGGUGCAAUUACAGGCCUUAUGGCAAAGACUUCCAAGGAGGCAUCCCCACCGGCCGAUUCGGCAACGGAAAGGUUCCCUCCGAUCUUAUUGUGGAAGAAUUGGGAAUCAAGGAACUGCUGCCAGCAUAUUUGGAUCCAAAUCUCCAACCUCAGGAUCUCCCCACUGGCGUCUGCUUUGCAUCGGGUGGCUCCGGAUACGAUCCUUUGACCUCCAAAUUAGCAUCAGCAAUAUCGCUGACUGAUCAAGUGGAGCUGCUCCGACAUUACAAGGAGAAGCUGAAAUCACUGGUCGGAGAAGACAGAACCGAUUUCAUCUUAUCGAACAGCAUCGUUUUCGUGGUCGCAGGCAGCAAUGAUAUCUCCAACACUUACUUUCUGACCCAUGCAAGACAAGUCCAAUACGAUGUUCCUGCUUACGCCGACCUCAUGGUCACUUCUGCUUCUAACUUAGUAAAGGAAUUAUACGAAGCCGGGGUGAGAAGAAUCGGAGUGUUGAGUGCACCGCCAAUAGGGUGUGUUCCAUCUCAGAGAACAUUAGUUGGAGGAAUAGAAAGAGGGUGUGCAGAGAUAUACAACGAAGCCGCCAAGUUAUUUAACUCAAAACUCUCAGAAGAGCUUGCAUCUCUUAAUCGCGAUUUGCCCAGUAGCAGAAUUGUUUACAUUGAUGUUUACAACCCUAUCCUUGAUGUCAUCGUCAACUACCAGAAAUACGGGUUCGAAGUCGGGGACAGAGGAUGCUGCGGCACGGGCGAGAUAGAGGUUGCAGAGUUAUGCAAUCAUCUUCAACAGACGUGCGCCGAUGAUUCAGAAUACGUGUUUUGGGAUAGUUUUCAUCCAACUGAGGCUGCUUACCGAAAGCUAAUCAGUCCCAUCCUUAGCAAUAUGUCUACCAAUUUUCCUGACCCCAACUUCUCAGGAUAAUAAUUUUAAUGCACAUACAACCAUCCGUUCUGAUAAUGUAGUAGUCUAUAGCAGAAGCCGUCAUCACAAGGGGAUGAAUUACGUCAACGCCAAGAUUACCGAGAUCAAUAAAAUCUUCAAUCAUUGAGUCA